UUCAAAGAAAGGAGAAAAAUACAUCUAUAACCACCAUGGCAUCUGCCCAUCCAGGUGAGUACAGGGGACCUUGUGGAAGGGGUAUUUUUGCCCUCAGGGACUGGACAACCCCUCUGAAAAGGCCCGAACACCUGCGGCUGGCAAAGGUUGUAAAUGAUGGCCCAGUGUGGAAAGUUGGCCAGCAGCUGAUGAUGAAGUAUAAUUACCAAGGUAACGCAGACAGCCCUCUCGGAAAGGAACUGACUGUUGCCUGUAAAACACCCGUCAAAUAUGUGUCCAGACAUGAUGAACACUGGAUCAAUGUGCGGACACAAGAAGGAGAUGAGGGCUAUGUCCCUUUUAGCUAUGUUAUGGUUGAUCCCGAGCAAUUGAAUUCUCUACCCUGGCUGGAGGGAAAAAAAGAAGCUCUCGUACAACAAGAAGCGGCUGAGUUCAAGCCAUACCGUUCAGCAUACGCCCCUAAAGGUAACGAAAACAGUUCUGCACAAGACGCAAGCCAGUAUUAUUGCAGUAUAUGUGAGAAGCAGCUGAAUGGCCCAAUACCAUACAAGGUCCACCUGAACAGCAAGGCGCAUAAAGAAGAAGUGGAAGUACACGCCAGUUAAACAAUCAAAAACUUGUUAAAGACACAUAUUGACCAUGUUCCUUUUUAUGCCAUUUAAAGGUAGAAACAUUCAUAUCCGACAUUAUAUGGAUUUACAUGUAUGAUAUUCAUCCAUUUAAAUCGAGAAUACCCUGACUUAUAGGAUGGAUGUAUGGAUAUGUGAUUUCAGCCAUUUUAAGCCAGUUUACCCUGACGUAUAGGAUGGAUAUAUGGAUAUGUGAUUUCAGCCAUUUUAAGCCAGUUUACCCUGACUUAUAGGAUGGAUAUAUGGAUAUGUGAUUUCAGCCAUUUUAAGCCAGUUUACCCUGACUUAUAGGAUGGAUGUAUGGAUAUGUGAUUUCAGCCAUUUUAAGCCAGUUUACCCUGACUUAUAGGAUGGAUAUAUGGAUAUGUGAUUUCAGCCAUUUUAAGCCAGUUUACCCUGACUUAUAGGAUGGAUAUAUGGAUAUGUGAUUUCAGCCAUUUUAAGCCAGAUUACCCUGACUUAUAGGAUGGAUAUAUGGAUAUGUGAUUUCAGCCACUUUAAGCCAGCUUACCCUGACUUAUAGGAUGGAUGUAUGGAUAUGUGAUUUCAGCCAUUUUAAGCCAGGUUACCCUGACUUAUAGGAUGGAUAUAUGGAUAUGUGAUUUCAGCCAUUUUAAGCCAGUUUACCCUGACUUAUAGGAUGGAUGUUUGCCUUUAGUAGCAAUAACAACGUAACGUCGUGACAUAACCUUUAAAAUGAUGUAUCACUUUAAUAUACCACAUUAAAUUAUUAUUUUACGUUGUUAUUGCUACCUUUAGGCCAUUUUUAAACUAGAAAUUCUCUUCUAGAAUCAAUUAAUGGUUAUAUAUAUUUGGCGAUCUGAAGCUAGAGAAAUCAAUAGGAAGUUAUACUUGUCUAAUGAACCUUAUUAAGUAAUAUGGUCUAUUUUGCUUAUAAAGCAGUUCAAGCCAGAAAUAUAUUUGAAAUGAUAUUUGUUCGGAUAUCUUUGUGAUUACAAGCUACAUUGCGUAAGAGAGUAAAAUUUUAUAUAUAAGUAAAGGUGUUGUACAUGUAUGCAGUCGAUCAGUGAAAGCUAGAUAUAAUAUGGACUAGAUAGGACUGAUAUAUGUUUGGUUCCAGGCCAGUAAGUAACAGGGUAAUUGUAUUGAGAUGUAUGUGACAGCAUAGUCUUUUCUUGAUACAUUGUACUGUCUUUGAUUCAGCUAUGUAAUUAUUUGUUUAUUUUCAAAUGUCUUAUACUUGUACCUGAUACAGAUAAAUAUAGCUAUGUAUAGUUUUCUUCUAACUAAUUAUAUUAGGUAUUUUGCUCAACAUUUGUCGCAUGAAAGACAUUGUUAUCCCCGCCGAACCGAAGAUUUAGGGAGUGGGAUAUAAUUUUGGCAUUAUCUGUCCAUUUUUUUUCUCUGGCACCAUAUCAUAUAGUGAUUUGUCAGAAAAUGUUCGAGGUUGUUCAGGAAGUUCCCCUUUAUUAUACCUUGAGUGCUUGUGAAAGUGGGCCACAUGGGGUCAAAAACUAGGUGACUAGGUAAAAUCUAACAAAAAAUAGGGAUUAUAUUUGGUCCACCUUUCAUCAAGCUUAAUCAGAAUGUUCCCCUUUUUGAACAUAAAACUGGGUCACAUUCAUUUAAAAUCUAGGUCACUAGGUCAUAUCUUACAUAUUUUGUCUGGUACCAUAAUAUGUAAUUGAAUGGUCAAAUUUAAUAUGUUCAAUUUCCACAGAGUGUAACCUUUGAAAAAAUCUCUAUUCAUUUUAAAAGUGGUUCACAUGUGGUCAGAAACUAGGUCAUUAGGUCAAAUCUUGGGAACACACUGCAGUCAAAAUAUCUGGUUCAAUGUUAUUGAAACUUAAUCAGAAUUUUUUCUUUGAUGAAAUUAUGGACUUGUUAAAAACUGAGUCAGAGUACUUGUCUUGGUCAAAUCUUCAAAUAGUUGGGAACCAAAUAUUGGUAUUGAUUGAAUUUUCUUCAAACUGUGGUCAAAUGUUCCACCUGAUGUAAUCUUGGUAGACUGUAUAAUUGGGUCACACAGUGUCAAAAAGGUCAUACGUUAAAAUCGUAGAGAAAUCUUAAUAACAAACAGAGGCUAUGUAUUCAGUCCAAUAUUCGUGAAACUUUUAAAAUCAGAAUAUUUGCCUUGAUGAUAGCUUGGUUUAGUUUGAAACUAGGUCACAUUGGGUCAAAAUCUAGGUCACUAGUUGAAACCUAAGAAAAACCUUGGGAACAUUCUUGAGGCUAUAUUUUUGCAGUAUUUCUGGUUAAAUCUUCAUGAAACUUUAUCAGAAUGUUUGCCUUGAUGAAAUAUUUUAUUUGUUUGAAACUGGGUAGCUUUUGGUCAAAACUUUGUUUCAAGGUUAAAUUUAAAUGCUUCACUAUAAUAAUUGUAUACAAUAUUUUUUUUAAUUUAAAUAAAUGCAAUCAAACUUAUAACUGAUAUCCAAUGUAAUUAAAAUCUCCAUUAAUCUGCAGCCAUAUUACAUGUUUCUGUUGGAAUAUUUAACCAACUAGUGGACAACAUAUGAUAACCAUACCAUUUCCUUUGCCUAAUCUGGCAGGGGAUAUUAAAUAAUUAUAUUUGCUUGUUAUACCCCCCAAAACAAAGUUUGGGGGGGUAUACUGGAAUCGGGUUGUCCGUCUGUCCGUCUGUCUGUCUGUCCGUCUGUCCGUCCGUCUUUUUUUUGUCCGGGAUUCAUCUUUGUCGUUAUUGAACGAAUCUUUUUCAAACUUUCAAAUAUUAAUGACCAUGAUGUAAACCUGUGCCUCCGUGGAUUUGGUCAGAAUCGCAUGAUCCUGAGUGGAGUUGUGGCCCCUUAAUGAGUUAAAUUGGGCAAAAUUAGCUUUGUCCGGGAUUCAUCUUUGUCGUUAUUGAACGAAUCUUUUUCAAACUUUCAAAUAUUAUUGACCAUGAUGUAAACCUGUGUCUCCGUGGAUUUGGUCAGAAUCGCAUGAUCCUGAGUGGAGUUGUGGCCCCUUAAUGAGUUAAAUUGGGCAAAAUUAGCUUUGUCCGGGAUUCAUCUUUGUCGUUAUUGAACGAAUCUUUUUCAAACUUUCAAAUAUUAUUGACCAUGAUGUAAACCUGUGCCUCCGUGGAUUUGGUCAGAAUCGCAUGAUCCUGAGUGGAGUUGUGGCCCCUUAAUGAGUUAAAUUGGGCAAAAUUAGCUUUGUCCAGGAUUCUUCUUUGAAGCUAUUGAACAAAUCUUUUUCAAACUUUCAAAUAUUAAUAGCCAUGAUGUAAACCUUUGCCUACAUGAAUUUGGUGGGAAAUAAAUGUAUUGCCUUGUGCGUUCUAGUGAUACCAUAACUAAGGCCAGGGCAAACAACCUAGACAGGGAAGGGGUGGGGGGUAUUCGUUAGCCUUUGGCUUACAGUUCUAGUUAAUAAUGAAAAUGUUUGGUUCAGCUUUAAUACAUUCUGAAAUAGUAAACUGUGAAGUAGGAAUAUCCUUUGAAUUACAAAACCAAUAUUGAUUUGAUAAGUCCAGCAUUGCUAAAUUUUAGACCAAUUGUUGCUUAACCUAAAUAUAUAAAAAAAAAAAAAAAAACCUUGUCAUACUGAGAUAUAUGUGUGAAUAUUCAUACAACUCAUAUGUUGUAUUUUGCUAUCAGUAAUACCGUCCUUGGAAGAAUCUCAUUAUUAUGAGGUAAAAUGUUUCAGAAAAGUUAGUUGACAUGGAAAAAUGUUGAUUUGGUGAGAAAUUUAUUUGUCCGUAAUGAGUGAUAAUUAUUAAUAAAUGUUGAAGUAUAUAUAUGCCAGUAUAUAUUUUUGUACAUAUCCGUAUCCUGAUAUGGAAGAUUCAGGGAACUAAAUGCACCCAGGGAUCAUUGUGUCAUGUGAUUGUAACUACCUGAGCACAAAGUGCUCAUGGGUGAGCUGUUGUGAUAGGGGACUGUCUGUCAUACAUAGUGUUAAGCAUCCUUCAUCAACAUUUUCCUUUAAACAACUUAUCCUUUACAGUUGGCCAAUUUCAUCCAAAUUUCAAAGGAAUGUUUAUUGAAAAGUUCUUUUCGAGACUCCUUUAAAAAGAAUGGUUCUAUGUAGAACUAUGGUUGCAAUGGCAACCCAAGGGAAACACUUUGAACAUCUUUUGCUUAUGAGCAAUAUAGGUCCACUUUGACCAUUUUGUUUAAAAUAUUGAUCAUUUUGUCUUGUGUUUUAUAGAAUUAUGAUUACAUUCUUGAAAAAAGUGAAAGACCAGAUCUAUUUGACUUAGACUUAGUAUAGAACAGUUAUGAUUUAUGUUAAUGUUUGGUUGUUACAUACUUAACUCUUGUUUUGUGUUCAUGUAUUUUUGUGUACUUUGCAAACAUGUACAGCUUUUAUAAUGAUACAUUGUAUGUUUAAACUUUUCUUAAGAACACAUUUAGAGAAAAUAGUUUGAAAUGGUUCGUUUUAAUUGUUAAAUGAAUGUAACAUUGAGCUCAUUGUUUGACCUAUGUUAAAGUUACAACGUGAUUAACGACAUCGUUGUUAACUUGUAAACGUGAUCUAUUUGAUGAUGUUCUCACAUAUACACAUAUAAACAAGUUGAGCUGAAACAUUUCUCUCUAAUAUUGUUAGAAAAUCACAAAUGUAUCCAGAACGGUGAAAAUUUGAAAGAUGACAACGAUAAGGUUAACAACUUUGUUGACCAUACCAGAGUUCUGAACAAUCGGCCCAUUGUCGGGAUGUUUUGCUAGAACUUGAAGCUGAAAUGUUGUUAAUCAAAUUGUGUAUUUGUAGUUGCUGAUGAAGGUAGAUCGCAACUUUUGGCAUUCAAGCCUUUUUUACAAAUUAUUUUACAAAUAUCUGUAAUUUUUUGCUGUGUUUUGUUACUUAAUAUAACGGUGUUGUUU